CACAACAGCUGUCGUCUACCUGAUCAUCCUUCCUACGUCUGGUUCAAGAAUGGACAGAAAAUGGAAAGGGUGGAGACAUCUUCUUAUAAAGAUCAGUUUUAUCCUGGAGACAUCAUCUCCUGUGCUGUAAAAGGACAUGAGGAUUUCCGCUCUCCUUCAGUGUAUGCUCCAAAGCUUCCCUCUGUGUCAGUGAGUCCCUCUGCUGAGAUAGUGGAGGGCAGUUCAGUGACUCUGACCUGCAGCAGUGAUGCUAACCCAGCAGCUAAAUACACCUGGUACAAGACAAAUGUAAACCUCAAACCUCUCAGUAAAGAACCACAGCUUGUCUUCAGCUCCAUCCAGUCCUCUGACUCUGGAGAGUAUUACUGUGCAGCUGAGAACCAGCUGGGGAGGAAGACAACUAAAUACAUCAUUAAUGUGAAAUAUGCUCCAAAGCUUCCCUCUGUGUCAGUGAGUCCCUCUGCUGAGAUAGUGGAGAACAGUACAGUGACUCUGACCUGCAGCAGUGAUGCUAACCCAGCAGCUAAUUAUACCUGGUACAAGGAGAAUGAAGACUCACCAAAAGCAUCAGGACAGAACUUCACCAUCACUGACUUCAGAGCUGAACACAGUGGGAAUUAUUACUGUGAAGCCCAGAACGAAAGAGGAUAUUAUAAGUCCACCUUACAUCUGAUUGUUUUAGCAGAUAAAACAACAAUGAUAAUAAAUAUCAUCAGGUUGAAUCUGGUGGUUGUGAUGCUGAUCCCUCUGCUUCUGUUUUGUCUGUGGAUGAGGAAGAAGAGCUCCACUGCUGAACCAAAUGAACAGAUAGAGACUAUAGAGCUGGAGUCUUGUCCUGAUUGUACCAACGCCUCAGCCUUGAACCAAAACUGUGUAUAACUUUCUUUUGAUGCUGUCAAAACAGAGGGGACUCACCUAGAUGGAAACAGAGAGAAGUACAACAUUGAAGUAGUCCAGUGGACGAGGGCUGCGGAGGAUGAGGGGGAAGUGGAUAGAUUUGGCUUUGCCUCCAAAUGUUUUGACUUCUAUUUUUCAUUAUCAGCAGCAGGCUGAUUGAA